AUGCUUCCAGCUGUUAGAGCAGCCAGGCUUAGGCCACUCAUUAAACACAGCCGUCUACUUCACAACAGUUCGAAACAGUUGUCAAGUACCGAAACUGCACCGGCUGCUCGUCCAGCGCACUAUGAUACCUCCCAGCAACUAUCAGCCAUCGACGCAGUGAAGGAGAGACGACUCAAGGCCGGCAAAUUGGUCGCUGGAGUCGCUGCUGCCUCGGAUAGUGACAUGUUCAAAGGCCCGACCACUGGACUACCAAAGUCUAAGCGAUGGGAUAACCAUCUCAGUCAUGAGAGCCGAGUAAGAGAACCAUGUACUCUCAAACAAGCAGCUCGCCAUAUGAAAAAGCCUGGCCUCAUCUCGCUAGGUGGUGGUCUACCAUCCAGCGAAGUCUUCCCCUUUGCUGAGCUCGGCUUCAAGGUCCCAGUGGCCCCCAAGUUUUCAGAAAAAGACACAGAAGAGGCUGGACAGACCGUUACAAUUGGAAAAUACGACGUGAGAGACCGUGGAGGUACUUAUGAUUUGUCCAUCGCUUGCAAUUACGGCCAGGCAACGGGAUCUCCUCAGAUGAUGAGAUACUUGACAGAACACACCGAGAUCGUGUACAAGCCCCCUUAUGCGGACUGGAAAGUGUGUCAGACCAUUGGAAGCACUGGAGCGCUGGAGGAAGCACUGCGAAUGUUCUGUGAUAAGGACCGUGGCGAUGCUGUGCUUACUGAAGAUUUUAGCUUCUCUACUGCUCUGGAAACAGCUGGACCUCUUGGCGUCAAGGCUUUUGGUGUUGCUAUUGACGAGCAGGGUCUGAUCCCUGAGGUUAUGGAUGAGCUGUUGUCGAACUGGGAUGCUAAAGAGCGAGGCUCCCGGAAACCCCACCUGCUUUAUACCGUUCCCUCAGGCCAGAAUCCUACAGGCGCAACUCAAGGAACCGAGAGACGAAAGGCCAUUUAUGCUGUGGCACAGAAGCACGACCUAUACAUUAUCGAAGAUGAGCCCUAUUACUUCCUUCAGAUGCAGCCCUACACCGGCCGCGAUCAGCCCGACGUUCCACCACCAGAGACAGUAGACGAGUUCGUCUCUUCGCUUAUUCCUUCACUUCUGAGCAUUGAUGUGGACGGUAGAGUCAUGCGUAUGGACUCAUUCUCGAAAGUACUCGUUCCGGGUUCACGACUAGGAUGGAUCACAGCAUCCGAGCAGAUCGUGGAGAGAUAUAUUCGACAUGCCGAGGUUGCGAGCCAAGGCCCUAGUGGUUUCUCUCAAGUGAUUCUCUAUAAGCUGCUUGAUGAGACAUGGGGACAUGAGGGUUACUUGAGAUGGUUGAUGAACUUGCGAUUGGAAUAUACCAAGAAGCGAAACGCCCUCCUUGCCGCCUGUGAAGAUCAUCUGCCAAGUGAUCUUGCCAGCUGGACGCCUCCUGUAGCUGGAAUGUUUAUGUGGAUCAAUAUCGAUCAUACAAAACAUCCCCAAGCAGGAACGCGAAGCAUCAUCGACAUAGAAGAGGAGAUUUUCAAUUCUUGUAUCGAGAAUGGUGUGCUCAUCGCAAGAGGCUCGUGGUUCUUGACUGAGAAGGACAAGGCACCGCCAGGACUGUUCUUCAGAGCAACUUAUGCAUCUGCUACGCCCGAGAAUAUGAACAAGGCUAUUGAUAGGUUUGGAAAGGCCGUGAGAGAUAGUUUUGGGAGAAAGUAA